UUCGUGUUUUCGUUGUCAUAAACAUGGAUGUGGGUCAGAUAAUCGAUUGUCUUGCCUGCUUUGGCAUCAUGAGAUGUAGCACCAGCCUCUGGAAACAUUGAAGGACAACUUUACCUUCACGCAAAAGCCGGAAGUUGAAAUCUCGCGGAUUGAUUUCCCCGAGUGAAGAAAGGUUAAGUCCUUCUUAGCCCACCGAGGCAGUGCUCCUUUUGUCUCCGUGUUGUUUGUAUCGUCAACAUGGACAUGUACGGAUACAGCGGGGACUUCUUGGCGAAGAGGUUCCUGCACAAUGGCGUUUUUGAAGUCACAAACAUGUCUGACAUCAACAAGGCGAACCCCCACGGCUGUGAUAACGGAGCUCUGACGGACAGGUUCGGCGUCUUGAUCCAGGGACUCCUGGCUAUCGUUGCCUUCAGUACGCUGAUGUUGAAAAGGUUCCGGGAGCCUGUCGGGGUCAGACGACCUUGGAGGAUCUGGUUUUUUGACACCUCUAAGCAGGCCAUCGGCGCUCUCUUCAUCCACUUUGCUAACGUCUUCCUGUCCACGCUCACUGAAGAGGACCCGUGCUCCCUGUAUCUGAUGAACUUCCUGCUCGACGCCACGUUGGGGAUGCUCGUCAUCUGGCUGGCCGUGAAGUUGGCGUCCAAACUAGUCGAGUGCAAGAAGUGGGCGCUGCUCAUGUUUGGAGAGUAUGGUGACCCUCCCCAGGCAGCAGCAUGGCUGGGGCAGUGUGGCAUCUACCUGCUCAUCAUGGUGCUGGAGAAAGGUGUGAUCAGCCUGGUGCUGCUCGUCCCCGGAUGGUCCAAAUUGCAGGAGGUGAUGCUAAGCUACAUUGCUAACCCUCAGCUGGAGCUGGUGCUGGUCAUGCUCAUCGUGCCCUUCAUCGUGAACUCCAUCAUGUUCUGGGUGGUGGACAGCCUGAUGAUGAGGAAGUACAAGACGAUGAAGAGCCUGGACGACUCCUGCGACAGCUCGGUGCAGAAGGCCGCCUCGCUGCCCUGGAGCGGUGAGGAGUCGCGGGUGCUGCUGAGCGUCGACACAGACACGGACGACGCUUCGGAGGGGGAAGAAGACCCCGGUGACGUCGGACCUGUCGCUCAUGUGCAGUAUUCAGGAGGACCGCUGAGACCCAGCUGGGUGGUGGUGUAACCCCAGGUGAUGCUCCCCGUCCAUCCACCCACACACAACACAAACCUUUCUUCCUUUCCUCUUCAAAGGUCUAACUAUCAGCUCAGCGAAGGCACAAUUAAAGCUCUUCUAGCCUGUGAGUGUGAGCUUCCUCUGCACUGACUACACUGGAGACUCGUGUAUCAUAUUCCAAAGAGCGAGCGAGUAAAGUGUUCAUAUAUAAGUGCUCUGAGAUUUUACUCCGCCAAAUAUAAUCACGGCAAAUCCACUUUUUUUUUUUUAAUUACGGGGUAAUUAUAGUCAUUCUGGCGCGUUCUCCCUCUGGCAGCUUUCUUUAAGUUUGAAAGAUAGUUAAUAGUUUUAUCUUUUAAGGACCAAACAUGUUGAAAGCAGCGAUUAUAUGGAAACGUUGAAUUCUUUGCAACAAGCUGCUUUUAAAUGAAAUGUAUACAUGUGGGCAGGAAGUUGUUUCAUGUCAUGGUUUAAAGGACCAGGUCACACUCACACUCAUACUGGGGCCACAAAAACCCUCAGAUUGUGAGAUUUUAUUUUGAAAAUCUGAAAACUGUUAUGAGGGAAAAGUCCCAAUUUUAAGAGAUAAAGUUACAAGAAUAAAGUCAUAAUUUCACGAGACAGAAAUUAGUUAGGAAUGUUUCUAGAAUAACUAAUAUUCCAGUGUCCUUUUUUAUAAAGGAAUAGUUGGGGAUUCUGGGAAAUGCAGUUCUUGUUGGAUGAGAGAGAUAAAUGAUCACUCUCAUGUCUGUACGCUAAAUAUGAAGCUACAGCUAGCAGCUGAUUAGCUUAGCUUAGCAUAAAGACUGGAAACAGUUAGCCUGGUUCUGUCCAAAGGUAACAAAAUGUACCUACAGCUGGUAUUAUGAUAUAUAAUAUUAUAUUAGCACAAUAUCUAAUCAUUUUAUCUGCACACUUCAUGUACAUUCUACCUUUGUAUAGAAGCAGGCUAGCUGUUUCCCACUGUUUCCAGUCUUUGUGCUAAGCUAAGCUAAGCUAAGCUAACCCUCUCCUGGUAUCAGUUGGCAAAUAAGCAUAUUUCCGAAAACUAUUGAGAACUGACUUAUUACUGAUAUUUUUCAAAAUAAAACAAUAUUCAAUGUUAUGUCUUAAACCUUUUAUAAUUAAGCUUUUUUUCUUUUUUUAAAUCAAACUUCAAAACAUUCCAAACUUUUUGUUUUCCUCAAGAUAUAAUAACUUUAUUCUCUUAAUGCCAGAUUUGUUUCCCGCCCUGACACUAUGAUGCGGUAGCUGUGUAUUAAACUUGAUGGCACAUUUCUUUCAUCUGUUCAUAUUUUAUAUGUAUUUGACUUUAUAUAUAUAUAUAUAUAUAUAUAUCGCCGUCCAACAUGUGGUAACAACAUGGAAAGUGUCUUGUAAUUAUAGCAAAUGGGAGAAUUGCCAAACAAUCUAAUCUCCUGCAACGUUUCUGCUUUUAAAAGGCAAAAGGUCUACAGCGUCACUAUAAUGUUUUAUUUUGUAUUUUAUUUUGUAUUUUGUAUAACGUGUGUAUAAAAAGGCGUCUUAAAGUAUCACGGUGCUUCUUACCCAACGUCUCUUUAAUCUGUACUAUGAAUAAAGAUGAUUGACACAUGAA